GGAAACCUAUGUUUCUGACUACUGGUUUAGCAUCUGCAAAGCAUUUCCUAAAGCAUUUCUAUAGGCAGAACACUUUAACUCAAGCUCGAAGGAACAUUUCACGUCACUAUGACCUUAGUAAUGAGCUUUUUGCUUUAUUCUUGGAUGAUACCAUGUCUUAUUCCUCUGCGGUAUUCAAGUCAGGUGAUGAAGAUCUAAGGACUGCACAAAUGAGAAAAAUAUAUCUUCUCAUUGAUAAGGCUAGGAUAAAGAAGAAUCAUGAGGUUUUAGAUAUUGGAUGCGGAUGGGGAACUUUGGCCAUUGAAGCGGUGUGAAUAACUGGAUGCAAAUACACUGGCAUUACUCUUUCUAUUGAACAGCUUAAAUAUGCAGAAGCAAAAGCUAAAGAAGCUAGACUUAAGGUUUGUAUACAAUCCAUUAAUUCAGUUUCUGAUCUCCAAUGCUAUAUUACUAACUAUUUAAUUUCAGGACCGGAUAACAUUUAAGCUCUGCGAUUAUCGCCAACUAUCUGAUGCUCAAAAAUAUGACAGAAUUAUAUCUUGGGAAUAUCUCUCUUGUAUAUCAAAAUAUGAACUUUUUGUGUUAUGAGUCUAUGACGACAUAACAUUUUCGAUGUUUUCAGUGAGAUGCUAGAACAUGUUGGCCACGAAUUCAUGGAGACAUUUUUUAGUCAUUGUGAAGCUGCGCUUACAGAAG